AUGUCGUGGCGCGGCACGAAGUCGCGGCCCUUGGGCCAUCGUGGUAGCAUUCAGAAGCAUGGAGGAGGCUGGCGGGCGCACUUUUCGAAUGUUGUCCUGUGCGAUGAUGUCCAGAAUAUCAUCGGCCCGCUGCGCGAGUCCAAGAAGAAAGCGAUGGCAGACUUGAACUUCAUUCGUGACUCUACCACAGUGGGUGAGGCUGCUGCGCGAGCUGCCGCGCUGAAGGCUCCAGCUGGCGUGGUGAGUUCGAGCGAGACACUGUGUCUUUGCGGGCUGAACGUGCAGUAUCCGUGGAGUCGGCUCCUCAUGGCAGGUCGCAAGACGAUGGAAGUCAGGAAGUACGCUCUGGGGAAGUACCGCUGCUUCUCUGCGGGCGAGCAGCUGUUCCUCAUCGAGACUCUGGGCAGCGGCUCCACGCAGGGUGCCAUGGUGGACAUCGCGAUGGCCCCCGCUCCGUUGAAGGCGCAAGUGCUCGGCGUCAUCGUUUUUGCGGGCAGCAUCGAGUUUGAAAAUUACGACCACUUCGAUGCUCAUCGAUCGGAUACCCUGAUUGAGCAGGGUAGCUUCUAUGAUUGGGGGACGUCAGAGCCCCAGACGCUGUUCGGUUGGUACGUGCAGCACGUUCGUGCCUUCAAGCGGCCUGUGCCAAUGGGGCACAUACGGAAGUCCCUGCUCGGCUGGACCAAGCCGGUAAAGCUGUUGGUGGACUUCAAGAGCAGAAGCCCCCGGCCACCAGUCUCUUGA